UUCCACUGGAAGCAAAGGAAAUCACUUCCGGGUCAGAAAAGUCCUGCUCGGCACGUGAAUGAAUCAAAUGUGCAAAAGGGAUUCUGAAGAAGUGCUCUUUAUUUCCGAAUGGAUUUCACCUAGACCCAAGCUGACUGUUGUCAUUGAUCAGGUGAGGCGACUUGCCCUGCAAAGAGACAUUGAUCAGGAAUCUCUCCCGAAGCAGAUCUCAGAGUCAAAUGACAGGUCUGCUCUUGUGAAAAGAUGUGAGGAGAAGAUGAAAAUGAAAAAAGAGGAUGUGAUAGAUGAGAAUGUUGAAAAGUAUUCCAAGAAGAAACAAACUUCACCUCAAAAAAUGAACGUUUCCACAGUUGAUGAGACAGCCCAGCGUGUGGACAUGAAAAAGAAACAAUUUCAAAAAUAUGACUCGGUAGUUACAGUCCAGGGGCCUUUAGAAGUAGGCGGUGAGGAAAAACCGAAGAAGAAAGUGGUGAAUGGUUGUAAUAUAAUAGAUGGGAAUUGUAAUGAAACAAACAUAAAGAAAACACAGACCGACAUUCAAAAAGGAACCAAGAAAACAAGUAAUGACAAAAAGUCCAAAAAUAAAACCCUGACUAAUCAUGAAAAUCAUCAAGAUGACGAGAAAGUGGCAGAGCAACCCAAAAAACGAAAAAAUGAAAUUCAUGAUGAAAAAGUGGCAAAGAAAGCCAAGAAAGAAAAAAAUAAGGUUAAUGAUGAGAUAGUGGCAAAGAAAGCAAAAAAAGAAAAAAAUGAAAUUCUUGACAAAAAAGUGUCAAAGAAAGCCAUGAAAGAAAAAAACGAGGUUCAUGACGAGAAAGUGUCAAAGAAAGCCAGUAAAGAAAAAAAUGAGGUUCAUGACGAGAAAGGGUCAAAGAAACCCAAGGAAGAAAAAAAUGAGGUUCAUGAUGAGAAAGUGUCAAAGAAAGCCCGCAAAAAAAAAAAAGAGGUUCAGGACGAGAACGUGGCAAAGAAACCCAAGAAAGAAAAAAAUGAGGUCCAUGAUGAGAACGUGGCAAAGAAACCCAAGAAAGACAAAAAUGAGGUUCAUGAUGAGAAAAUGGCAAAGAAACCCAAGAAAGACAAAAAUGAGGUUCAUGAUACUAACCAUGUUACAGAUGACAGUGCAGUCAUCAAGGUGAAGGUGAAAAAGGAAAAGGACAAAAGUGAGUGUAAGGAGAAAAAAGUGAAAGAUAUGGCAACACAAAUUGAACAUGAAGAGGUUUGGAUGGGGGGAAAAGAAAAGAAGGUACUGAAGAAAGCCAAGAAAGAACCUAAUAAGAUGCCACUCGUAAGUGCAGGGGAUAUUAAACACAAGGCAAAGACGAAAAAGAAUGUAGCGGAACAGACUGAAACAAGUAUUAAGAAGAAAACCGCUAAGUUAAAAUUAUCAGAGAGUGAAGUGGCCACAGAAACGUCAGAGGGGCUUUGUGAGCUUAAGCCAAAGAAGAAGAAAAAGAAGGAUGCUUCACCAGAUAAAGAACAACCUGUGGAUUCCAGUAAAGCGGCAGCACGGAAGCAAGAAAAAGCCGCAAAGAGUGACGUAGAGGAAGGUGAGACAAAACAAAAGGAAAAAAAAGAAAAGCCCAAGAAGAGAAAACCGUCUGGGCUCGGCACAGAUGAAGAAACUGCAUCUGUGAAGAAGAAAAAACAAAAAAUAGAAGAGCCUAAUUGUGAAGAAACGCAACACCAGGAACCAAACAAGAAAAGAAAAAAGAAAAGUCCUGUUAAGAAAGAGAAAGUGCUUGAGGGAGUGUGUCCUGACUCCUGCAUGAAGAAGAAAGAGAUUCAAAGGAAACCGAAGAAGGUGGAGGAAAUUAAAGUCGAAUCGGACCAUCAAUGGGAUGAUUUGAGGAGAGUUCCCCAAGUGGACGUCGUCUUCUUGUCAGAGAAGACCGGAAACACUGACGAGCUGACCAUCAACCAGGAAAGGCGACAGGCUUUACAAAUGGAGGUCGACAAGGCUUCGCACCCUCAAAAAGCGGACCAAGCUUCAGGGUUUGGUCAGUGGAGCACCGCCCAGUUUGAAAACUGUCAACAGCAACAGAAGUUUCUCAGGUUGAUGGGUGGCUUCAAGAACUUCCAGCCAGCUGCUGUUGCAAGCACGCCAAAGCCAAAUAUGGCACUGGACAAAGUCGCACAGGAGCGCUUGCAGCAAGGACUCUGGAGCGAGUUUGAGCGCGCUCACUCACGCAGAAUAGACUUUAACAACCAAGGUGCAGGACUUGGCUUCAGCAAAUCUCCCCAAAAACAGUUCUUUAUUGACAUCAACGCAUGUCAUUCUGUCCACUUUGAUGACUGAGCUUUGUAGAUCGUUUAAAGGUGGAGUUUGCAGUUUUCAAGCUAGCAAGGUUUGAAUGUUUUGGCAACGGGCUUAAUUUGAACUUUUUUUAAACAUUAUUUUCUGGAUUACACAUUUAACUAAUCCGCCCAUGCAAAUUAUGAGCAUAGCUCGGGCACACCUUCUUUUCACCUUUUGAGUUUCUGGUAGGCUAUUCUUGUCAUGGUGGGACAAGGUUUAAAGUGACACUUUCAACAGUAAAUUUUAACUCAAGAUGGUUUUGUGGUUAUAACACUGAUUUAAAAACAUACUAUUUUUCCUCUAGCACACGAGGUUUUUUUUGUCCUUCCAAGUAUAAAUCUAAAAUCUCAUAAAAUCUAAGAUCACAAUCUAAAUUUGAUCAUGCAUUGUAAUUUCAAGCUAAGACCUUUAAGAAAAAAUACCCUUAAUUCAUAAAUAUAAAAUAUAUUACAGCUAUUGUUAUUAUGAAAAUGUGCCAGAGAAGAAACUAGGGCAGAUUCUGAAUCAGCCGGAAAAAAAAUCAUCUGAAAAUACAUGCACCAUUGAUUAGAAAAAACAUUGACCAGUGUAGUUCUUAAAAUACAAUUUUAGGUGGAAAAUGGGGCGAGGUAUGAUUUUUUUAAAGAUCAUUGUGAUUUUCUACUGUCAUUGUCAUUUUAUAUAGUUUUAAGAUAUGGCUUUUUUUUUUUUUUUUUUUAAACUGCAAACUCCAGCUUUAGUAUUGUUUUAACUUUAGUAUUGUUUUAACUGUUUCCAUUGCACCAAGCUCUUUACUUUAGGAAUCCCUGUAAAUAAAGAAAUGUUACACAACUGCUCUCUGUAUUUUUCCAGUUGUGAAGGUACAAUCAAUAUUUAUUAAAAAAAAAAAAGGGCAAAGCAAGGAUAACAUUUUCAUUAUAUUUUUUUCUCGCAAACAUCUUCAGUAAAGUGAAGUGUUCAUUAAAAAUAAAUUCUGCGUUAAUUGUAGGCUCAAUGUACUGGAAAACAAGAAAUUUAACUGAAAUUGAUACAAAUGGAAUCCAUGGUGUGUGUGGUGGGG